CGCGCCCAGCCCGCGGAGGGGCGGAACACACGAAAUUACCACAAGCAUGGCCACGCUGCGCGGGCUGCGACAGACGCCCCGGCACUUACUAGUCUGUGAGAAGUCCAACUUCGGCCACGACAAGUCACGCCACCGGCAUCUCGUAGAGACGCACUAUCACAAUUACAAGGUUUCUUUUCUAAUUCCUGAAUGUGGGUUACCAUCGAAAGAACUGAAAAACCUGGUCAUGGAAAUGGGACCUUAUUACUUUGUGAAGAACUUACCUCUUCAUGAGUUAAUUACACAUGAAUUCAUCAACACCUUUGUGAAGAAAGGUUCAUGCUAUGCACUGACAUACAAUACAAAGAUUGAUGAAGAUAAUACUAUUGCACUACUACCAAAUGGGAAAUUAAUUUUAUCAUUGGAUAAAGACACUUAUGAAGAAACUGGACUUCAAGGUCGUCCAUCUAAGUAUUCUGGCAGGAAAAUUAUGAAAUUUAUUGUUUCCAUUGAUUUGAUGGAUUUAUCCUUUAACCUGGAUUCCAAGAAGUAUGAAAGAAUAUCUUGGUGCUUGAAAGAAAAGAAGCCAUUGAGAUUUGAUUUUCUUUUGGCUUGGCAUCAGACAGGUGCCGAAGAAUCAACGAUGAUGUCAUACUUUUCCAAAUACCAGAUUCAAGAGCGGCAGCCCAGAGUAGCAGUGAGCACUUUGAGAAAUCUGCAGUGCCCCGAGCUGCGGAGCGGCGAGCUCCGCGGAGAGCCGGAGGCGUCCUGCGGCGCCCCGGAGCUCUUCGACUGGCUUGGCGCUGUCUUGUGUGACGUAGACCUGAAUAAUGAGCCUAAUAAUUUCAUAUCAACCUAUUGCUGUCCCCAGCCAAGCACACUGGCUGCAAACGCUUACUUGUGUACAGUCACUGGUUUCAUAGUUCCAGAGAAGAUCUGUGUGCUCCUGGAGCAGUUGUGCCACUACUUUGAUGAGCCGAAGUUAGCUCCGUGGGUAACGUUGUCAGUGCAAGGCUUUGCAGACAGCCCCGUUUCGUGGAGAGAAAAUGAACAUGGUUUCUGGAAAGGAGGCGAACACUUGUACAACUUUGUGAUUUUUAAUAACCUGGACUACUGGCUGCAGAUGGCUGUUGGAGCAAAUGAUGACUGUCCACCAUAAAAAAAUAGGAGAUUUAAAAUCAUGUUUGUUUAUGCUUAUGCUUAUUUUCAGAUCUGUUGGUUAUGAAAGGGUUGUGUGUUCACGCAGGCUUCUAUAAUGAGGACACUUCUCAGACCAGCUUUUUCCAGUGUUCCUGCUGAAGGACAGCCCCUCUGCCAUGGCAGGUGGGCUGUGGCCGCGUGAUAGCGCAUAACUGCCUCCUCUCCAUCAGUGUAAACACAGAUGUGGCCUUCCACCCAGCAGAGCAGGCUGGGUACGCGGGGACCAGGGAGUAUUGGACCACUGGCCAAGGUGUGUGCUGUUACUCAUCACAACUUUUUCAGAUAAUAAAAAGAAAUUCUCAUAUUGUCCUUACCAGGCCAAUCUCUGUUGUAAAUGCUCUAAGGAAACUGAAGCACAACCUAGGUAAGCUACCAAGGUAUACUGCUAGUCGACCUGAGAUUCAGUCUCAGGUCAGCCUGGUUCCUAAGCAUGUGUCCUCUCUGUUGCCCCUGGGUGGGGGAAGGAUAUGUGUGUACUCCAUUAAAGGACAAGUUGAAAGAA